GUAGGGAUGCGGCCUUUCCCCCCGGGCUGGCUGAGCUGCUGCGCCUGCAGCUCUUCCUCUGCCUGUGAAUAGCGGGCUCUGAGGUUGGGCCGCUGAAGGGUGUGAUAUUUUUUUUUUUUUAAAGCCACUCUAAUAUUAGAGUUUCUGAUUCCAACGCAAUCUCCAGAAAGACACGUGUACCCACGCAGGGUUUAGCUGAUAAGUUUGGGGCGGCCUUAGCUGGCACUGAGGAGCAAAUGGGAGACUCGCAUUUACGAUGUCCCCUUCCUUCACAGCCAUCUCCCUGAGAGCAGCCCCUCCAGACAUGGCCUCAAAGAGAGCAUUGGUGAUUCUGGCUAAAGGGGCAGAGGAGAUGGAAACUGUCAUCCCCACUGAUGUUAUGAGACGAGCUGGGAUCAAGGUGACUGUUGCAGGCCUAACAGGAAAAGAACCAGUGCAGUGCAGUCGAGAUGUCUUCAUUUGUCCUGAUGCCAGUCUUGAAGAUGCCAGAAAAGAGGGGCCUUAUGAUGUUGUGGUCCUGCCUGGAGGCAACCUUGGAGCUCAAAACUUGUCUGAGUCUGCUGCUGUGAAAGACAUUUUGAAGGACCAGGAAAGCAGAAAAGGCCUGAUUGCUGCAAUAUGUGCAGGUCCUACUGCCCUUCUGGCACAUGGCAUAGGGUAUGGCAGCAAAGUCACAACACAUCCUUUGGCCAAAGACAAAAUGAUGAAUGGAGCACAUUACUCCUACUCCGAGAGCCGUGUGGAGAAGGAUGGGAACAUCCUCACCAGCCGUGGGCCUGGCACCAGCUUUGAGUUUGGCUUGGCCAUUGUGGAAACGCUGCUGGGGAAGGAAGUGGCUGAACAGGUGAAAGCACCUCUAAUACUGAAAGAGUGAAAGCCUGCUGUGGGAUUUAGAUAGUCUUGUCCUUUGUAGAAUAACUGUAAUGUGCACUGUUGUAAAUACACUUCAAUUGUGGGUGAAAUUAGUAGUAACUGUACUUACUGAACUGGGAUACCUUAACAAACCAAAGGUCUUCAUUGCUGGAAAAAGAUCCUGUUAGCAAAAAGUUUCAUCACAAAAAAGCAACCAGCAUCCAAUAAUCCUCGUUAGUUCUUGGAUGGUAUUUAAAAAUCACAUGGAAAAAUGUUUGCUGACUAAAUAAAAAUAGAGCAUCCCUA